CGCACUCUUCUCCGGGAGGCCGUGGCGUGGGGGUCAGACACGCGCUCUCGCCUGAAUCAAGUCUUACAGGAGCCGCAAUGAUACACUUCUUGCGCCAAACAACCACCAUGUCGAAGAUACUCAAAAUGCUCGUCGCCUUCCUCUUGUUCUCGUUCAUUAUCGUCACUAUUUUCAACCGCCUAGUAGAUGAGAGAAUCGCCAUCACCAGAAAAACGAGCCCAGAUAUGGAUGCACUCGUUGAAGAACUCAAAAAAGAAGUAGAGAUUGAUGCCGAGAAAAAAGCUGAAGACGAAAUUGCUUGCAGCAUCCCAGGCCUCCAAAAUUACGACCAGUUCUAUGCUGCAAUCACCACACUCGAGACGAGAUGCAACAAUUCUAAACCUUUUGGAGGCCCGCCCAAAGGAACGCUUGACGCCAGGAAAUCCGUUUGUCUCGACGAAAGGUUCAAGAUUUCGCCCAACAAUUGCCUUGUUUUCUCGUUCGGGAUCAACAACGAUUUCAGUUUCGAAGAUGACAUGGCCGAAUUCGGUUGCAAAGUGUAUGCCUACGACCCCACAAUGGACGCCAAAGACCACCAGCGUUCACCAAAUGUCUGGUUCUUCGCCACAGGAAUCUCGAACUACCAAGGACUUAAAUCAGUUGGGAUGGACAACCACUGGAUUAAUGGGAAGGUGGACAGGUUCGAGAACCUGGUGAAGGCCGUCGGCAUGGAAGGGAGAACCAUCGACGUCGUGAAGCUGGACGUGGAGUUGGCGGAGGUAGUAUGCCUUCCAUGCCAACUCUCGCCAUGUGCUCAAGAACAUCAAGCAAAUAGCCAUGGAGAUUCAUUCGGAUCUGUCAAAGAUGUAAUACACUGUUCAUUACUCAUAGAGUCACCUCCAGUACUUUGUCUGGACCUAAGUCUAGAGUGCUAG